CGGAGUCCGAGGAAAUAUGACCGAUAUCCUUUUCGAAUUGUUCAUCGAUGUUCACCAUGUCACGUCCACAACCGACAUCAUGAACGUCGAUACCAGAUUGGAAUGCGACUCUUUUUUUGGCCGGAGGACUUUGUAGAGCUGUAUCCUAAACAGAUCGAAAAAUCUUCAGUUACUAAAGUGACUCCCUUCGGAUGCCCAUGCUAGGUUAUGGUCAACAAUGUAUUACCUGCAACUCUGGAAGUUUUUUCACCAAAAAAUCAAUAUUUUUGGCCGUCGCACUUCGAAGCACUCGUUUUUUAGCUGCGGUAGUCCGUUUUCUUCCCAUUUUUAGUGCUCCGUAGUCUCGUCCGUAAUAUAUUUUCACAAUGAAAUAAACCAGUAACGUUCGUACUCGCGCCGCGAUCUUGAUUUCUAGAUUUUUUGUAAAAGUUGCUUAGUGGUGCUCAAUUUUUUUUCUGGUGUUAAAAAAUGUGCAGUUUACUUGUAAUAAAAUAUACUCGAUUAAUUUGGAGUUCAUAGUAAACAAGCGAAAAUAUGAAACAAUAUGUUGCUAUUAUUUUGUUUUCCAACAAUAAUUAAAAUAUAUCUAUAAACACGUAAGAUACCGCGUAUAACAUAAACUGUAAAUUGCGCAAGAUCGAGUAUUGCUGAAUGAGCGACAUCCCCAGAUAAAGUGAAUGGGACUACGUUUUCAAUAGGAAGUCUUCUCGAUUUUUUUUUUUUUUUUGUGAAGUUUUUCACGUUACAUUAAUAAUGAUAUCUUAUCAGUGUUUCCCAAAAGGUCAAAUAACAUUAAUAUUGCCAAAUGUUUUUUGUAAACUGAGCCUUUAAUACAUUCAAAAUUCUUUGAACAAUUAUUGUGAGGGGAAACAUACGACCUUAUGAAAAGUAUUCCACCAUUUAGCAGCACAUAGGGAUGCCCUGCGUUUGCAACAAGUCGAAUAAUUAAAAAAACAAAUCUGCAAUGCUUUUAUUGGUUUAGAAUGACUUUUGGUCUACGUUGUUUAUACACGAAACCGCCAAACUACCCACGCAAUCCCAUAGUUCGGCACAAUAAACCAAAAUUGGAGUAAAUCGAUUAAACUCACGCUAGGUUAAUUGCCUUUACCUCCAGCAAAAAAAUAUCCUCAAGAGUAGGCAAUUUCAAUCCAAGACCCACAUCGUUCAACGUAAAUUUGACUAAAUAGUUGAUAGAAUUUCGAGCAAAUCUUGGAUGAGAAAAAAAAUAUUUACAGUUCGGUUUGUCUGGCAGUUAGCAGAUGUAUUCAUUCACGCAUAAAAAUCAUUUUAAAACUUAAAAAAAAAUCCUGUAUAAAAAUAACAAAAACAACAUUAUCUGCCAUUAUCUGUUACUAGCGAUUUCUCAUUCUUCGUUGUUUUUUUUUAUGUUUUUGGGUUCUGUAGGUGUUUCGGAAUCUCCGCCCGUAAAUUAGUCAAAAUCCAAAAUUUCAUAAUUCUUUGUAGCCGGAAAGUAUUACCCGUUGCAAGAAAAUAGAGAGCGAAAAUGGUGCUAAAUCGCUAAUAGACCUCCGCUCGUACGUUUAAUCGUUCUGGUGUCUUUUACAAUAAGUGCGCGAAUGGGCCAAAGAAUACUGCGCCGACAACACCAACAUGAUUUACCGUACUGGCGGAGGUAUACGAGCACUUGCGCUAAAAAAUUUUCGCGCAACGCAUAAUAUAUUUAAAAUGCAUUUAAAGUUUUUUAUGGUUUUUUUUUUUGUUCGGGGCAAACUGUCAUUCUAUCCAUAAAAUUUAGAACUGUUUUGUUUAUUUAACCAUCAAAACAAAGGUAUUGAAACGCAAUAAAAUCACGUUAUACUCAGAAAAAUUUGCUCUUUCGAUUAAGCUAUAGAAAAUAACAAUAUUUUAUUCACUAAACGCCAAAUCUACUUUUUCACCCCAUGAGCUUCUAAUAGGAUACUGCAAGAUGACGUCACGAAGCCAUGCACUGACAGUUCAGCGAGCUUAGUCUCUGGCUGAGAUCCGACAAAACUGUUUUUCGAUACAAAUUUAGUAAAAGGGUGGUUAGACUAUUGGUCUAGUGUAAAACCAAUAUACAGUCCGGAUUCGCUGGUUGGGUCACGACUGCGCCCCGAUUAGCGAAUCGUAUUCGUUCGUUGGGGCAACUGACAACUUUCCCAAAUGCUCUAGAUACAGGCAGGAGAUGAGAAAUACGUCACGAUACACUCGCAUACUUACACAGACGUGUUGUAUAUAGGAGCUACACGGAACCGCCAAACUACCCAAAAUUCAGUUCUUUUGACGCAAUUCCAUAGUUCGGCCCAAUAAGCCAAAAUUUGAGUAAAUCAAUUAAACACUCGCUAGGUAGAUUGCUUUUACCCCCGCUGAAAAAUUUACUCAAGAGUAGGUAAAUUCAACCUAAAACCCCCCUCAUUCAACUCAAUUUUGAGUAAACCGACAUUUACCCAAAAUUGGCUUAUUGGCUUAUUGUUUGUUUUUGACAACAUCGGUGAGCCAGAGAGGGAAAACAACCUAAUUUUGGGUAGCGAGUUUAUUAGAUAUACUCAAUUUUGAGUAAAAUCGACCCAAAUAUUAGGUAGUUUGGAUUUUCCGUGUACGAUGCGAUGGGGGUCAGAUGACAAACUCGAUUUGACAUCGAUUUUGACAUUGACAGUGCUUGUUCGUGCAGUUGAAAAUCGGAAUUUUUGACAGGCGAAAAUCAAUUUUUCUCCUAAACCGUGUGUCGAACGUACGUCGGGCACAGUGCACUGGAUAGAAGGCCAGGUCCGCUGUCCAGCGCACUACGUCCGACGUUAGGUUUCACGUAUGGAUUUUGAGAAAAUUCGAUUGUCGGGUGUGACGACAAUGUUUCCGCUACGUUUAAUUCAUUAACCUUCCAGGACGCGCGCCAUCAAGCAACCGAAACUGCACCGCGCUCACACUGCAUACGAAGGGCGAGGUUAUUUGGUAGUGUUGUACUUUUUACAACAGCGCGCGCGCUGAAGGGUUAAAUAAAUCCAGGGGAAAAUUUUGACACCACAGCGAGUUCAGAUUAUAGGCACUAUAGAUUCCACAGUGUCUUGGAAUCUAUAGUUUCUAUCUUGAUGCAUGGGAAAUUUCUUGCCUGAAUCACCCAAGAAAUUCGAUUGCUUUGAUCGCCGUACGCGGUAGCGAAGAAAUGACAAUUCAAAUGCCAGUCACUGUAGGAAAUUCCUGCCAGGAACCGGUCAAGACAUUUCUUGAGCGAUUCCUAUGAAACACGAAACAGGGCUAAAGUAAAGAAAAAAACGACUGAUCGAUUAUGAAAAGAAUAAUGACCACCCCUAAUAAUGUUGUUCAAACGAGCUGUCAAAAAUACCUUUAUGCAGUGCGCGGACAAACUAGCAUUACAUAUCACAAGAUCUUAUGCGCAUACAUGUGAUUAUUUUAGCUUGCAUUCUGUUCGCUUAUCCGUUUCAAGGUGAUGUACUCACAAUAUCAAUAAUAAUCUCUAAAAUAAAUAAAACAAAACAGUUUAAAUCAGCAUUUAUUUAGGCCGAUCAAUUAUUAUCAAUCAAUUAUAUCGAUUGUUAGUAUCGAUUGGUGAUAAUAGGCUCUUGUGAUUUGUUAUGCUUCAAUCUGGAAAUUGUGUGAACAAAAAAAAAAGAUUUUUCUGCUGAAUGUUACGUUUUUUGUGGUAAAUAGUUAUGGAUACGAAACGAAAUAAAAGACACUACUAUAUUGCGGAGGAAUUCUUUCUCACCAAAUAUGUACACAAGGUAAGUUGGUUUUUUACAUAGUGAGUGAUGAAUUCAAUUAAAUACUAUUUGAAUUUAUACAGAAACGAAGACAGACCGCAGGGAACAUAUCACAGCGAGAUGAUGGAACCCACGAAAACAACGUUCACAUCCAAUCAAUGCCACCGAUUGAUAUGACACCAGAUCCAGGAUGUGCGUCGACCAACAAUGCUACAGAUCCAAGCGAACCAUUCACAUUACGCCACCAUACAAGGCCGACAUAUACCGAGGCCCAAGAGGAAAUAAUCAGCACGGUUCGUUCUGACGAGAGAUUAGAAUCGUCCGUUGAUGAUUUGAAUUCAGAAGUGGAAACAGACUGUCAGUCAGAAGAAGAUCAAAGUUGCUGGUUUGAGUUUGACAAAACGGAAUCGUUUGGCACCAGUGAGAAAAUCAAGUUUGAUUCUGAUGUGACCCGCAGGGAGGCUCAUCUGAUGAUCCUCAAUUAUUAUGUAAGGCAUCAUCUUACCCAAGGGGCAUUGGUUGAUUUACUUCGAAUGCUGAAUGUAAUGGCUGGAUAUAAAUUUUUCCCCGAAAGUUUCGAGACAUUCGCAGCUAACUUUCCUGAUCGAUACGAAAGUGCUCGAGUAUAUUAUUGCGUAGAAUGCCAGUCCGGUGUAGGAGAUUCUGCGCCCAAUGAAAAUUUUAUCUGCAGUAUACCGAAUUGUGGCAGCAAAAAAAUUGACUUCUUCAUGACUAUUCCUAUCGAGCAACAAUUAAGAGAAACGAUUCUCAAAUAUGAGAAAGAAAUUUGUGACUACGAAGAAACAGUAAAAGUCGAAGCGGUUAGUGAUAUAAGUCAAGGAAAAAUCGUCAAGGAAAUAUCUUCUACAAUUCCCGAAAAGUUGAUAACAUUGUCGGUUAAUACGGACGGAGCCGCAGCGUAUCGAUGGAGCAUAAACAAACCUUGCUACCCUAUAUUCCUCACGAUUAAUAAUCUGCCUCCCCGGAUACGCUUCGAUAAAAACAAUCUUUUACUAGCUGCAGUAUGGCUGAGUAAAGGCGAACCCAGCAUACCUUUAUUCUUCAAAAAUUUUUGUGAAGAAAUCAAUCAACUUGGUGAAGGAAUCGCUAUUGGCACCGAUAAGUAUAAGGUCGUCGUCGUUCAAAACUGCUUGGAUUCUGUGGCCAGGCCCAAAUUGCAAAAUUCAACUCAGUUCAAUGGCAAGUUUGGAUGCUCUUUAUGUUUACAUGAAGGGAAAGUUGUGCUUGGUAAUCAGGUGCGUUAUCCUUUCCGAAAAGCUCCAAGCAGAAAUCACACUGAAACAAGGCGUCACAUGAUAGAAGCUCAUACUACGGGAAAUCCUAUAAACGGAAUCAAAGGUCUUUCGGUGUUUUUAUCAGUUCCACAUUUUGACAUAGUUAAAGGUAAUAUUUAAUGCUCCAAAUUUUAUGAAAAGUGACUCAUUAUGUAUUUUUUGAACAGGUUUCCCACCCGACUAUAUGCAUGCAGUGCUUCUCGGUGUUGUACGACAAAUGUGGGAAUUGUAUACUUCGUCCACGAAUCAUUCUAAGCCAUAUUACAUAGGCCAAAAGCUUAAAGAUGUUGAACAACGCAUGUUGCACAUUCGAGUGCCUAGUUCUUUUUCACGAUACCCAGGUAAAUUGGAAGAUAUGAAGAAAAACAAGGCGAGCGAUUGGGAGAACAUGUUGUUCCAUUAUUUUUAUCCAUGCGUAAUUGGCAUACUUCCGCAUAAAUAUUUGGCACACUUCAUGGUACUUUCUGAUUGCAUUUUUCAAUUACUGGACGUCCAUCUGACACAGAACACCAUUGAUAAAAUUGAAAAGCAACUAAACCGAUUUGUACGUGAUUUUGGAAAAUUGUAUGGAGAUGAAAACAUGUUAUUCAAUGUACACGUAAUUACUCAUUUAUCUGAUUGCGCCAGAAAUUUUGGUGCGCUGUGGAACUCUUCGCUUUAUCCGUAUGAAAACGGAAACGGAUUGAUCCUAGGGUAUAGAACAGGUAACAAUCACCCAGUUAUACAAAUAACAAACAAAUAUAUUUUUAACAGAAUUUGUCAUGAUAAGUCGUUGUUUGUGAAUACUAAGAUCAAAGCGUGGCACGAUUCUCUUUGGCAUGUAAAGUCAAAUUCCCAAGCUAAGUUUAAUGAUAGCUUGCGCGUCGAGUUACAAGAUGAUCUGAUCGUUGACGAGGGUAUACAUGAGAGAGAGUUUAGUUAUCAAGCCAAAUUUGUUUUGGAUAAUGUUCAAUAUUGUACCAGGAAAGCAUGUGAGAAAUUAAGUUACGAUGAUUCUUUCGUCAGGAUAGAUGGGCUAUUUUUCCGUAUUGAAAAUAUCUUGAUUGAUAGAAACGACAACAUUUAUAUAGUAGGGCUGCAACUAUUAACUUCUUUCAUCAAUGUUAACACAUAUUCCUACAUUGAAAGUAGUCAAAUGUACCUCAAAAAAGUUACAAAAGGUAUUCGAAUCUGCGUAGCCACUGCAAUUAAGAGUUGUGAUAACAAUACGAAUUAUAUUUCAUUAUGUAAACCGAACACGCAAGUUGACUAGAAUAGGAUCUAAGAUAAAUUGUAAGGUUUAUUGCUCAUAAAUACACAAUAUUUAUUCAUUUGCA